CGAGAAUUCAAACGAGAAUGGAGGCGCUGGUUCGAGUGCUGGACGCGGCGGCCGUGGACAAUGAGGCCGUGACAGACCACCUGUCGGCGCUUAGCGCUACUGAGGUGGCUGUGCUCGCUCUUCAUGCCUGUGAAUACUGCGAACUGACUUCAUGUACUAGGUUGAGGAGUUGGUGCAGGCACUGCCGUUGGUGCAGCAGCAUGACGCUGCCAUUGAUGUCGUGCACAGCCUUCUUCAGCAACGCACGUCGCGGCAUGCAUCCGCUCGUGCGAUUGUGAACAUGAUCCUAACGAGAAAACUGCCGUCGAGGUGGGCCACCGAGCUGUGCAUGGGCUACAUGGCCUACACGAUCGUGGCAGACGAUGUCGUCAAGGAUGUUGCCGACACCAUUGACAGCAUUUUGGAAUUGCUCGGUGCGUAUCUCGCGAAUGGAACAAUCUUGCCAGACCAUGAGGACUGGCUUGCAUUUGACACUGUGCUCGACGUCCUGCCACCGCUGUUAACUGUGUCGUCCGCCACCACGGCCUUCUUUCCCACAGUCCUGGACGCGAUCCUGGCACUGCCGUGGUCGGUCCAGUCCUUUCCUUCGUUGCUGUCGUUCUGCCGAUCGCAUGCGUCACACGUAACUCCGCACCAUCACGCCCAACUACACGCUCUCUUUCACAAGUUCCUGCCGGCCUUUUCCAGCCAAGCCAAGUACCCGUUUUGGCACGCUGUCUUGCUUGCGUGCUUUGACUUGACCGAACACGCGUUGGUGGAUCGCAGCGGCGACGACCCUGCGGGGGUCCAGUGGAUGCACCUCGCGCGAAGAGCCAUGACACUGUUGCCCACAACGUUGCAUCGUGAAAUGGACUACUUUCUUCACACCGUAUUGCAACACAAACCGGUCUACAUUGCUCGAUGGCUGCGGUCCGCCAUGAACAAGGCCGCUCGCGCCGGUGACAUGUCGACCGAGUGGGAUUUGACCAUGUGUGUGCAUUGCCUGCACGCGUCGCAGCCCCUCGUCGUCCAGCCGGUGCUUUCCACCGGCGGGGGCUGUGCAUCGACGUACCACCAACUGGGCCUUCUUUUCGUGGAUACCGUCGCUGCGAUCGGUGCGAGUAGCAUUCGACGCAUGUUGCAACGUGUGCUUGUCCAUGGCAGCCACUGGAAGGGCCGGGUGCUAUUGGACUUGGCGAAAUGCUUGCUCGGCGCGAGCCUCGCCCGUGAUCAAGUCCCACCGAACGCUCAGAUCGUGUGGACAGCAUUGCUGGAUGUGCUCUUUCAAGAGGUGGUCGAGCUACGGUCAGACAUGAUCGGCUUUGUCCUUGCUGGGUUCGAAUCAUCCGACGACUUCAUGCAGGAAGUCGCAGAAACCGCGCUGUCAUCGAUCGUGACAGAGCAUCACCGAUUGCUGCAGCCUCACUUGCCCGACCUGCAGGAUCGCGUGUGUCGGGUGUGCCAGUCGAGUAUCGCACGCGGCACCCGCUUGAUUCGAGCGUGCGACCCGUUGGUUGCGACGACUCCGUCGUACUACCAUUUUCUCGUCGUGCUGCUGCGCAAGACGUUGGUGUCUCCAUGUCCAGAAGUGGCCAUUGCCCACCUGUGCCACCUUCUGCAAGCGCCGUCAACCACAACUGUCCAAAAAGAGGACCUGGUGUCUUGCCUGAACGACGCGCUGUACUUGACGUCGUGCCGCCACCUCGCGCUGGCCUAUCUCGAGUCGCUCCCAGAUGUCCUGCCGUACGAACGAGCAAUUCUUGACAUGCUGUCUACACUUGUCGAAGUGGACGGCGCCAGCGGCGUUCGCUUGCGCAUGGACCAGCUCGACGCGCACAGUGGGUUUGUUUUCCGCCAGUGCGUCGCGUUGCUGCCUCGAUUGUCGACGUCGACUCGACAGUUUGGUCAAUUGCUGACGACACAAUUGAAGGCAGUAGUCUCCCGUUCGCAUUGCCGCGCGUUCCUGGACGCAGCUCCCGAUCGCGUCCGAGCGGCGGCAUUUUACGCAAGGGUCGCGGUAGCAGUGGGCAUGACCGCGCUGCAUUGUCGCAUCUUGACAUCUCUGCCGUCAACAAGCAAGGCACCGCAGUCUCGCGUCCUUGACGACCCGUCGACCGCAGAACUCGUCAACGGACUCGUCGGGGGGUGUUGUGCCCAUUGGUCUCUUUACUGCCUGCACCUCCUGGACCUUCGCCUUCCCACGCUGUCCAGUCCAGAUUUGGACGCGUUAGCGAAGCAGUCGGUCGCGCUGUACUUGACUUGGUACAACAGCGACGUGAUUGCCGAGCACGAUCCCCACGCGAUGCCGGAACUGAAGCUGCCUGUGCGAAAACCCAUCAAGCCCCACGAAAUUCUCACGUGCGUCCUCAAACUGUGGCCGUCCCUGGUGUGCGUCGUCACUCCAGAAUUGUGGGGGGCGACGUCAUGGAAACCAGUGUGCCAUGCCCUCCUGGCGCAGCUCGAGCCACUGCUGGACACCCAGAGGCACAUUGGACUGAGUGUUGCGAUCGCAGAGUACCUGCAUGCAAUGUGGACGACGCUGGACCCGUCGUUGCGUCGGUCCGGUGCGAAACGAGUUUACCGCUUCGUGUGCACACACGUCAUUAGUUCGCCCAAGUUGCUCUCGGCGCUGCUGGACCUUGUUUGGCUCGAUGCGAUGGCACGUGUCCACUUUGCCCGUGUCGUCGCUGUGCUUCGAGAGGCGCAAUCGACCAACGACCAAAGCAAGCAAGAUGAUGACACGGAGUAUGGCUUGGCAGCGCCUGUACUGACCACGGACGCAACGAGGAAGACAGCGUAUGCCGACGGCCUCAGGCAGUUGGAGCACAUCCUAGCAGCCAGCGAAACACCCAACGUCGACGACCUCGUUACACUCGGGCAAGCCGCGUGGCGCCGUCCGAGCAUUGCGUACUCGCAUGCAAGUCGCGCCAUGGACGCGUGGUUGCGAGUUGGCCGAGGCGCUUUGGCGGUGUGCAUGGCAUCGGGUCAAGAGGCGUUCCGUCUGCACUGGGGCCGCUUGCACACGAUUGUUCGAAUAUGCAUGGACGUUGGUGCAGCAUGGAAACACGUGACCGAGCUCGCCGACGCCACCGUGCGCAUGCAGCGCUUUUUGUUGGAUGUGUCGUCCAAGAGUACCCGUGGCAUGAAAAAGCGCGUUUGGCACGGGACCGACGCGGUCGCAGUCAAGCAACUGAUUCAAGCCGUGUCAAGGCACGUCAUGGAGCUUGUGGACAGACCAAAACCACACAAGUGGCCUCCACACGAGCCCAAGCGAAAACGCUCCGCUGUCCUCCGCAGCCGACACGCGUACAUUGACGAUUGCCUGCAAGAACAAGAAAGCGGCGACGAUGCCUAUGCCGAUCUCGAGGACUUUAUUGUCGAGUAGGUCACACCACAGGCAUCGAGUCAAGGCAUAUUUCGACGGGGAUUCAUGUUCAUUUUAUCACGACCCGCCUUUCGGCAGUCCCAUUUUUAUCCAGAUAAAACAUACAUUCGGAUAUCG